GACGGUGACCAAGGCAUCGAUCUUGACGAGUGCGCAAUGAUGGUCGUCUGCAUUCUUGAAGGUUGGGGCAAAUUCAUCAAGCAAGAAAUGCCAUCGAGAGAGUAUCUUGAGAGAGCAGCCAAAAUAAUAAUCUCAGCCACGCCUGAGUCUUCAUCAGAUGAAAGAAUUACAAUGAAAAUACUUGGUGAUUGGAUCGACCAAAAUGAAAACAUGAUGUCUAUGUUGAUGAUGUUUGAGCCAAGCGAUAAAAUUGAAGAAAGAUUGGCAUUAUUUUUACCAUUCAAAAGAGAUUCCUCACAUCUUCCAAUUCUUUUGAAUAAAUAUCUAGGAAAGAAGAUAAUGGUGGAUAAUAAUAUGCAAAAUUUUGCCCAGAAUAAGAACUUUAGGAGGUCUGAAAAGGAAGAACCAAGAUUUAACAAGACUUCUAUUGCAAUUGCUUUGAAUAAAAGAAGAAAGAAUCAAAAAGAUGGCAGAAGAUCUCAGCCAAGGUUAUCUUCAAGGAUUACGAAUUCAAUUGCAAUUCCUCUCUCAAUAAACCGGUUGUCUGAUCCUGGGUUCUACAAACUUCGCAAGCUUAAAAACACGAGUUCCUUGCCAAAUCUCGAUGGAGAAUCAGCUAAAAAUCUAAUCAGCAGGAUCAAAGAGCAGCAAAGCUUAGAAGAGAGCCCUAGCAUAAAAGCAUAUCGCCGCAGGAGUCUAGUUCAUCACAAGAAAGAUAUUAAGAACGUGACCUUAAAAAUUGGAACUAAAUAAGUUAAUCUCAAAAAGACCCAGGAACAAAAAUAUUAUCACAGUGAAAGAGAAGACUAUCAAGAGAAAGGAUGUGAUCUUACUCAAGGAAGAGUUUGACUCCUUCUACAACAAUAAUAAAUAUUCUAACGGGCCAAGUCAUGCCAAUCUCCCUUGUCUGUCUAAAGGAGGUGAGCUAGACCCUGAAAUUGCGAAGAAAGUUUCAUUUAAAGAUACCCUCAGAAAGUACGCUCCAGGUGCCUCUAAAGAAGACAUGGAGAAAAUGCUAAGCUGGGCCAAGAAGGAGGAAGAAAUUGAAGAAAGAGGCAUAAUGAACUACAAAAUCCAAAAAUAUAACAACAACGAGAAAGUAAAUAAAAAUGUGAGGCUCAAACAGAUCAAGGAUUACAUCCAUAUCUUUGAUGGCCUGGAUAAGGACAGAGACUCCAUGCUGACUUUCAAAGAUUUUAGGAAUAGUUACAGCCAUAAUAUCUCUGACAAAGACAUUGAAGGGUUCUUUACAAGGUUUGGAAAAACAAUUGGAACUGACCAUGACAAUGACUUGAUUAGCAGAAAUUUUGGGCAGCAAGAUAGCGUUGGAGAACAAUCUAAACUUACUCUCAUCGAGUAUCUCAAAAUAAUGCUUCCUCAGGGCUCAAUUCUAGAUGAAAAAGUUACACAAGAAGCCUUAGAUUAUCACAAGAAAUUAUUGUUAAGAAAGAAACCAUUUUAA